GUUCUCCUCUCAGAGCUGAGGGUUUGGCGUCUUCAGCAUCUCGGACGCUGCUGGCGGGUGGUCACACUCCCAACCAACUUCGCUUUGUCGCUCUCCGUCCACCCAUUUGAAGCCAUGCUGCAGUUCAGGAGAACUUUCCAGGACGAGAAAGUCCAACUUCAGGAGCUCAAUCAGCGUCUCGCCCAGUACCUGUCUCGAGUCAAGCAGCUAGAGCGCGAAAAUGCGCAGCUGGUAACACAGAUCAGCGCCCUCAGGAGCGAGCAGACGACCCCCUGGGAGCGCCAGUACCUGGCCGAGCUGAGGGAGCUGCGCGAAACCAUCAACUGCCUGGCAUUCGACCGGUCCCGAGCCCAGUUGGAGCGAGACGGGCUGCAGCGGGAGCUGCGCCUGUUGCAGGAGCUUCUCAGCCAGGAGUCGGGGCACUGCCGAGACAUCGACUGGGAACUGAGGGGAUGCGAGAAGCUCAUGCAACAAGCCCACCAGAAGAACGUCGCUCUGGAGGAACAGCUCCUCCGCCUGGAAGACGAGCGCCAGUGUCUGGAGGAGUCCGGCCGACGCGAAGUGCAGCAGCUCCGCGAGGAGGUCCACAGCCAGUUGCUGCCCUUUGCCCCUCAGGGCUCUGUGGGAGCCCCGAGCCUGACAAUGGAGGACGUGGAGGAGUACGCGCUCAGCCUAUCCCAGUGUUGCAUGGAGAACUUCGAGGUGUACAGGCAGCGGAUUGAGGAGCUCGAAGCCUCCAUCAAGCUAGACCAGCAGAGGCAGGAGACGCUCCGGCAGGAGAAGGAGAAGUACGGCAAGGAGCUGGAGCUGUUGAGCCGAGACAUGGACGAGCAGAGGCGCCUGCAGCUCAGGCUGCACGAUCAAAUGGAUGGCAUGCAGGAUCAGUGUGAAGAGGAACUGCUCCAAUAUCAGGAGCUUAUCAGACAACUGGAGGAGGAGCGCAGAGCACUGGCUUUGGCGAUCGCUGAGAAACUGAAGGACCAUCAAGAGCUCAUGCAAGUCAAAAUGGGUCUAAGCAUGGAGGUGGCCGCCUACAGGGCAUUACUGGAAGGAGAGAAGCAAGAAUCACAUUAUUGGAUUGACCAGUAUGAGAGGGAAAUACCCAGAAAAGCAGGAAAUGGAAUAUCAAUCCAAACCUUUACAGCAAAACGAUCACCCCUUCGAAAGGAAGAUGGGGCUAAAAGUUUUCCUGUGAGCCUGUACCCAAAUAGGAGGUAUGCGGCACACACAUCAAGCAUGAAAGUUACUUCAAAACCAAGCCAGCCUACAGCUUACAGGGUAAGCACAAUCCUUCCUGCUGGAGUAACUCAUCGGGGAGAGGUGUCCACAUUAGGUUGGACCACACAGGUCUCUUCAUCUUCAGCAAAGUUCAUUCCACGUCCAGCUGAACGCAAGUACACGGAAAUCCAACAGAAAGUGACAAGCAGAGGUCCGGCUAUUGCCAUUCAGAAUUCAGGCAAUGAAAGCAGAAUUUCUCCAUCAGCACCUGUAGACCAAAAGCCUACUGUACAAAAAAUCAACAUACAAAAAGAGGAAAUAAAAUCUUCAAUCAAGGUAGAUCCUGACUUGAAACUACCUGAAAAAGCCAAUGAUAAACAGGCCAAGAAAACCAAUGGAAAGGUUAAGGAGGUGAUUAUCGUUAAGACUGAAACACAAGAGGAGAGCGUGGAGCCUAGAGGGUAUCAUAUUAACCUUGAACAAUCCCCAGACAGUAGAGAGGUGACAAUAACCCUGCAGGCACCCCAGAGCCAGAAUUCCAUUAGUGCUGAGAAAGAACAUUUCACAUCAAGCCAUUCCACAGCUUCAUCUGUUUCUCGAUCUUUCCCAGACACACAGAUAGGAAAUAAAGUGAUUGAUGAACCACGUCUCAAAGCAGAUGAAGAAGAGAUGAAUAGGUCACCAAUUGACAAGAAAAUUCUGAAUUCAAUCAAUGUCGAAGACAUUCUGGAGAAGGUUGUGAGACCUGCUGGUCUGGAGACAACCUUAAGCUCUUCACCAGACUCAAAGAUCACAUACCAUUUAGAGAAAACAAAGGAGGAGGAUGGAAGCACUAAGACUGAAAUCAUUCUGCAGUCUACUGUUCAAGAAGAGCUUGACGUUUCUGACGAUUCUCUUCUGGAAGAGCUUCUGAGAAAAGAUGUGAAAAGAGCAGGUUUGCAGGAUAUUAAGGGAACCCCAGCUGAAAGCAUGAUUGAAAACAUACUGGGCCUUGGAUUAAAGGGAAGGGAAAACGCAAGUGUAAACGUCGAGAUCAUUGAGGAGCCACUGGAGGCACCGAGUGGCGAAGAAAAUGAAGAAAGUCAGUCUUCAAUGUUUUUCCAUAUUGAAGAACUAGAUAAUGCUCCUUUGGGCACUGAAGAUGUAGAAGUUGGUGCAGAAACUCUAAGCAGCUCAUCUACACCUGCUGGAGAAUUUAGAAACACAAUCCAGUUUCAGGUGGGUGCCACAGACCACACUCAAGUCCAGGAAACAGAGUAUUUUGUGUCAACACCAGAUGAUGCCACUUCUGAGCAUGAGGGAGUAGACGUACCAGUAUACAAGGAAUAUCUAACAGGACGUGAAUGGUCUGAAGAGGGUCAUUACUGGCAAGAGGAGCCUGGACCCGUAGAGCAACCCAGCUUCACAGAUUCAGGUGCAAUAAGCUUUAACACAGAAUCAAAUAUUACAGCAGACAGUGCAGAAUUCAGAACAUCAUGGGGGGAACAAAGCUAUCCCGAAGAAUGCUCUGCAGAGUAUGUCAUUGAGGAGGAGAUUCAUGUCCCUCAUAAUGUUCAGAGGUCAGUAUUGGAGCUGCUUAGAGAAGGAGGUCAGGAUCCCCGGCAACAGAUAACUAGUACUUUAGAACAGUUGAAAGAAUCAGUGCCAGACAAUCUAAGAGAAGAGCUUUCAUUUUUAUCGGAUGUCAGAGAGAGAUCAGAUCAGUUAGAGGUUGAUGUGAGGAAAGUCCAGCAGUCUUCUGACAGCGGUGUAGUGACUAUUGUUGCUGAAAUCAAUGUCUCUCAAAGUCUUGAUGACUCUGGCCUAGCCAAUGAUGAAAAACAAGCAGAUUCAGACUUGGAAUAUGAGAAAGAAUUACACACUAGGGUAGGUGAAGCUUUCUCCCAUGAAGAAGAAGAAGAAGAAGAAGAUGAACCAAGAAUGCAUGAAGCCACUUGGGCAAGAAGUUUACAGGCUCCAGGAAGUACCAGUGUAGAGCAGCCAACAACAGACAUUAACAAAUCUGUGCGACUUAUUAAACUGGGUCCCUCUGAAAAAUCAUUUACAUUUCAAAUGGAUGUCUCUCAAGUCACUUCGAUGGCUAGCGGUGAGGGGAACAAGAAGGAAGCUGCCUUCUUUACACAAAGAGAAUUCAGCAAUGGAGCCAAUGGAAGAGCCGUUAGAGAAGAUGUAUAUCAGUAUGUGCAAAGCGACAGAGGAAGUGAGAGUCAAGGCCACCAAGGCGAGGAAGAGGAGACAUGGGAUGAUGACAAUGAAGAGAUGGGCGAACAGGAUGCGUUUUCCAAUGUGGUACAGCAGCAAAAAUUUGUGGAUCCACGGUCAGUGAUCAGUAAGGAGCAUAGAAUUGCUGCACUGUACUUGGAUGAAAGCGAUGACUAGAGGCAAAAGGAAAAAGAAGCUCAGCAGCCAUAAGCUGUGGGCUGAAAUUUGCACCUUUGUUUAGGAUUACCAAAGAUUCACAAAGCUGAAGGUAGGAAGUCAAACUGGACUUUCAGAAGCGGAUUUAGCUUUGAAGAUGGACAUUUUUUUAUUACAUAGGUAUCUGCUGUUGAUUUUGUUUUUCUCUGAAGAUCAUGGGUUGUAAAAUGCCAAACUAAAUGAGCUUGCAGUGCAUUGUGAACUUUUAUUCCAACACGAGUAUCUGUUUGGUUAUAGGUUUACCAAAUAUUUUCUUAAAACCAUAACGCUUUAGGCGAACGUCCAACCAAAUGUAGUUUCUAUCCACACGAUGAUAUAUACUCUUGUAAGUCAACACUGCACAACAUUACUCCUUCAUUCCUAGAGGACCGUAAAUGAUUUAAUUAUGUGUAAAAUUCUCCCAAAACACUUAUGAUAAAGGCAGUAAGGCAUUCUGGGCAUGGCCAAUACUCAACCAUUUUCAACCGUUUUGAAUUGCCAGCCUUGAUUUUAUGACUGGACACUUGUCAUUGCGCUCUGUCAUUUCUUACAGUGUAACCCUUGGCCACAGACCGGGGAGCCCAUGUCACUGUGGGUUUGGUUAAUGGAAUUUAGUCAGCCCAAGCAAGUUAUUUCAUCUGUACUCCCCGCCAUAGUGAUUCACUGAUUGAUUUCACUAUGCACUUCCAAGGCUCCCCAAAUGUCCCCCAUAGUACUUUUUGUUUACAGGACAGAGGGAGGCACAUGCUUGCACGUGGUGGCAAAUGACUCAACCAAAUAUCUCUUCACAUAACUUGGAAGGGAGAGGGACAUUUCACAGCGAGCUGACAAGUUUACAGAGGUUCAGAAAUGAGUGCCAGUUACUACUGUGGGUAUGUUCUGUGUGUGCGUUGUAUGAGCUUCACCAAACCAACAUUGAUAGAAGCAAACACAAAGUUGUUAUUUCAAUCCAAAGAGAUUAUUUAUUCAUUUUUUUAAUGUCGCAUACUGGAGAGCACUCCUUGAUGACUAGGAAUGGCAGUCACUUCAGCCAUCAUAUACAUUUAAGAACUUACUGAAGGCACUUGAUGAACUAGCACAAUGGUGAGUUAGGAGAAGCUCAUGAAGCCAACUGUAGGCUGCUGGCCACAAUGCCCUUUAGAACCAUCGCGUCCAGCAGGAGUGUUUGGGUGUUGAACGUUUCCAUGCUCAGUGUGGGUUAACCUCUGUGACUCACUGUUAUUGACCAGGUGCCAACUCCUUCCUGUAACUGAACUUCUACUUUAUUUUUCCUUUUAAUGCACCAAUCUAGCAAUUUAUUUUUUAGCACCUCUUAAUUUUUACUACAAACUGAACAAAGAUAUUUGGGUUUUCUUAAGAAGAAUAGGUUAGUCUUCCUGGGGUCACUUUUCAGUAAUCGUUCCCCGCAGUCUCUUUGAUAGAGGUGGCACACCAAUGUGCUGGUUAGAAUUUAUACUUCAAGAAUUCGGGCCCCUGGGUUUGAUUCCUGGCGUAGUCACAGUCCGAGUACAGCGUUCAAGCUCUACCUGUAGGUUUAGGUGGGGCGGCAGCACUAAAUGGGCCCUGCAUAAGUGUGCCCUGUGACAGACUGCCAUACUGCUGGCUGGAUUGGCCCAGGCUCACACAGCGCCUGUAGUGGCAGGUGUGACGGGGGGGAGAGGUCAGAAAAUGAACAGGUGGUCAGUUUUUAAAGAUGUUUAAGUGAAUAAACAGCUUUUACUUAGGACAUAACCUAAAGGUGUGUUACAGGUUCACGAGAUAGAUGGGUGGAAGUAACGUACACUUUGGCAUGCUGUUGCUUGUCAUUAUUAAAGGGAUCUACUUACAUGCAAUCAAAGAAAAUUCUUAAAAUCAAGAAAGUGAAUAAAAUAAAAAUGAAGCCAGUGCUGUGGCCUAAAAGCAAGGACACUGCUACGCUGAUCAUUCCAUUUUCUGUUCCGGCUUAUCACACUCAUGGUGGUAGCAUAACAUUACUCAGCUUUCUCAACCUAAGAUCCUCUGUGUGGUGAGGAGACACAAGGAAACAAAUCAAACACACCUUCAAUCAGACGUUUGAGUUGGCUUCAUAAAUAAUCUUCUCCAUUUUCUAACCUAGUUUGGAGUAAUACAAGCCAGAGCCCAUCUCAGCAGAGUCGGGUACAAGGCAGGGACAAACCCAGGAGAGGGUGCCAGUCCAUCACAAUGCACUCCCUCACUGAAGGUCACCAGUUAACUUGUAUGUCUUUGGAACAGGACAAGAAAACCCUCAGACACUGGAAGAACAUGCAAAGUACGCAUUGGCAGAGCCUGGACUAGAAUCUGACGCCAGGCAGCCUCAGUAAUCACUGUGACACCCUCAUUCAAAGCAGCAACUCUAGUUUAGUAGUGUUGUCAUGGAAUGGGUGGCAUCACGGCUGGGAGGGAAGGUGGGUCCUUACUCAACUGGGAGCCCACAAAGAUUUUAAGGGAUGGAAGUACGUCCCAAGACAGGGGUUAGGUGCUCCUCCUUACAGCCAGGAGCCCUGUAUAAAAUAAUGGAUGGACAGGCAUCCCAUCCAGAUUGCAUGAUGCCCCCUUGCCCUCAAGAAUGGGUGCUGUUCCCUGCCUCAGCUUCUGGGCACGAAUGCUGGAUGGACAAAGGGAGAUGGCCUUCCAAGAAUAAAUGCCCCCCCCAAAUGAUGGAUGGUGUUGUGCCUAUGGUGUGGCUCUGCUUAAGAUACCCAUAAGGGCUGCCAUGUUGGGUUCUUUAGGGGAUGCUGCCAGGAGAGGACCCCACUGUUCUGUUUGACCCUGAAGUGCUUCUUAAAUGCAAUGCUCAGGCACUGGAAAUACUCGCAGGUCCAGCUUAAAACCAGCUGCUCUGCAUCACUCGGGCAGGAUAGGGAGAGGAGAAGGAGUGAUGGUUUGAAAGAAGGAAACAAGAAGAGAACUAGUGAUUGUGAGCAAAUCAGACCUGGAAGUAAAAUAUUUUGUUAAACAUAAAUAAGGACUGUCUUUAGUCCAGCUGUGUCAGAAGUUUGGUGCUCUGCCAGGUCCCCUACAGGUUUUGGUGGCGACAGCAUGGCACAGCUGUAGGAUGGAUGCAGGUGCCCAAUUUUAGGGGCAUUUCACAGGCUGUUUGAACGUCUCUAGGCCAGGAAGAGCAGUGCAGCACAAGCAGCGUUCUCACAUGAUUGACGGGCACAGGUGCCUUUUAAAAUAUUUAUUUCUGUAUACAGUAAUUAAGUUGUGCUCAAGUUGACGUCAUCCUUACCAUCAACAACUCUAAGGAAGUAAUUUACUAAACAAGGGAGAAAAUUAUUUUUUAUCCAAAUAAGUAGCUAAGAAAAUCUAAAAAGUUAUGCAGGUGUAAUUUAAAGUGGAGAUUCUUCAACACCUCAGGCAAGACUAACAUGAAAUAAUCUGUCCACUCGUUUACUGAUGUUACCUUAAGAAACAUUUUACCUAAAUGUCCAAAUACCAGCCAUUACAUUAAUCAAAUUAUUCUUCAUAAACCUAAUACACUUCUUUCUUGCCCUUAAGGUGGCGCUUUCUGUUUUCUCCACAGUAGCUGCACCCGAAUUAUUUACACAAACGCUUAAAAAGUGCAAAUGUCCACAAGAGCAGGAUGCAGCCAGUGUGUUCUCCUGAAAUGUCUUUAUGUUUUAAGCGCUUAUCCUUGGUUUGACGUUUCCAUGUGAGCCCUGCUUUACUGUGCUGGACUGGCGCAACUGUCACCCCAAGACGUAGUUUUAAUGCAGGGGUUUCCAACUGUGGCUGUAGGUUCUCAUUGUAACGCUCCUCUGAGCUGAUUCAGUUCUUUCCCCUUCAUUUUAAUUGUUUGUUUUUUUAAAUAAUCAGUCCUCUGACUUGCUGCUUUUUUCCUCAAAUGGCACCUAAACAGAACUGAGAUGUGAAGUGAGCCAACUGAUGACCAGCGAGGUCGGCGUCUCUGACUCAAACCAAUUUUUCUCCAGCCAGAUUCUUAAGUAGACAUUGAUUUGGGUUGUUAAUUAAACCUGUUAUUUAAUCUCAUGCCUUGAAGGGGCUCUCAUUCUGAAACGGCAGACAUUUCCAAAACUGUGGAUUUUCUUUUUACCAAGAAUAACAUCAGAAUAUUUUGUGGAUUGACGUUACUGAGAUGUUCACAUUUCUUUAUUUUGAGAUAUUGCAUGAUGGACACUGGCUAGCUGGUCAGGUGGUGUUGGCUUCUUUUAUGUAGUUAUUGAUUGGUGACUAAUUAAGGAGGGCGUCUUGAGUCCUAAAUAACACACAAACAAACAUAAGAGUGCUUGCUACAUAUCAUGAGCUCAAAUACUGCAGACCCUAGCUGAUUGCUUUUGACCCUUUUUGAAUGGUUUGGCUGCUGCACAGCUCCAGUAGCACGUGCCUGUUAAUAGCGGGCUAUUCAAAAAAGUCUCUUCAGAGCUUGAACUCAAAAGUGACAUACUGGGACAUCAAUUCUGUGUCACAUUAAGGAAAAAUCAAUAUUCUGAUUGAGGCAAA